GCGGACCGCGCGGCUCGGGAGGCUCCGGCUCGGUUGCAUCCCGGUCCCCGGCCCUCUGCAGCGCCGCUUUCCCUGCUCUGAGCGAUUGCCUGGGUGCAGGUCGCCAGCAUGAAGGCCCGCGGAGCGCUGGUGAGGCAAAAGGAUGUCAGAGUAAAGAACGUAAAGAAAUUCAGCUAUAUGAAGUUGAUUUCCAUGGAAACCUCGUCAUCUUCUGAUGACAGUUGUGACAGCUUUGCUUCUGAUAAUUUUGCAAACACGAAACCUAAAUUCAGGUCAGAUAUCAGUGAAGAACUGGCAAAUGUUUUUUAUGAGGACUCUGAUAAUGAAUCUUUCUGCGGCUUUUCAGAAAGUGAGGUGCAAGAUGUGUUAGAGCAUUGUGGACUUUUACAGAAAGCAAGGCCAGAUGUCACUAACGAGCUGGCCAGUGGUUUUCAUGUCGACUCUGCUGAUGAACCUCAUUACACUUUCUCAGAGAGUGAGAGGCAAAAUGAAAUGGUGAGUCUGAGAAUUUCACCGCUGCAGGAAGGCUGCAGAACCCGCAGCCAGUGCCUACGAUCUGGACCUCUUCGGGUAGCCAUGAAGUUCCCAGUGCGAAACACCGGGAAGGGAGCAAGCAAAAAAGCAGCACCCCUUCAGCCCCCAGAGAACUCUGCCAUGGAGUGUAAUUCCGACUCAGAAGAUGAAAGUGGCAUGAACUUUCUGGAGAAGAGGGCUUUAAAUAUAAAGCAAAACAAAGCAAUGCUUGCAAAACUCAUGUCAGAAUUAGAAAGUUUCCCUGGCUCAUUCCCAGGAAGACGGUCCUUUCCAGGCGCCAGACCACCACCAUCAAAGACACCUUCGAGGCGUUCCUUCCAAGGUGUGGGUUCCAGGAGGAACCCCGAGCGGAAAGCCCGACCUCUUACCAGGUCAAGGUCUCGGGUACUGGGGUCCCUGGGGGCUCUACCCACAGAGGAGGAAGAGGAGGAAGAAGAUGAUAAGUUUGCAUUAGUGAGAAAGAAGAAGGCAAUGGACAGCUACAUGAACGAUGAUGACAUGCCCAGGAGCCGUCGUCCUGGAUCCAUGACCCUUCCCCAUAUAAUUCGCCCAGUGGAAGAAAUUACAGAGGAAGAGUUGGAGAACAUCUGCACCAACUCUCGCGAGAAGAUAUAUAGCCGGUCACUGGGCUCUACUUGUCAUCAGUGCCGCCAGAAAACUAUCGAUACCAAAACAAACUGCAGAAACCCAGACUGCUGGGGCGUGCGAGGCCAGUUCUGUGGUCCCUGCCUUCGAAACCGUUAUGGAGAGGAGGUCCAGGAUGCCCUGCUGGAUCCGAACUGGCAUUGCCCACCAUGUCGGGGGAUCUGCAAUUGUAGUUUCUGCCGCCAGCGAGACGGACGAUGUGCCACUGGGGUCCUUGUGUAUUUAGCCAAGUAUCAUGGCUUUGGGAAUGUGCAUGCUUACUUAAAAAGCCUGAAGCAGGAAUUUGAGAUGCAAGCAUAGCAUUUGGAAGAUUCCUCUCUGCUAUCCUGAUUCUUCAGUCUCUCUCAUGCAGUUUUCAUUUUUUGUUCUUGAUUGAAAACCCAGUUUUGAAUCUUGAUGUUUUAUAGGAAGCUCAAAUCAGGUUAAUCUUAUUAUACUCUGACUGCUGAACCAUGGAAAGCAUGUUGCUACUUUUCUUUGGCCCUUCAGGGGUUUUCUAAUUCUCCCAGUCCUGCUGAUGAGCCCCUUCCCAACAAUUAGUUUCCAAAUUCUUAAGUGACAAAGUCAUGAAGGCAUAUUGCAUUUAAUUGGUGUUGAAAUAGUCCUGGAAUACACCCUGAAAAAAAUCUAAGCACUUAGAAGCAUAUUAAUGUUAACUACUUGUUUCAUUGGAUUCCAGAGAGCAGCCCUAUAACUUGUUUACAUAAAAAACAAAUGGUUAAUGUUAGUUGGCUUUCUUUUGUGUGUGUGACAGUCCUGGGGCUUGAAUUCAGGUCCUAUGUCUGUCCCUGUCAUUGCUG